AUGAAUCACUUAUCUGCUGUCAAGCAUGUCAUUAUUGUGCUGUCAGGCAAGGGUGGUGUGGGUAAGAGUACAAUAGCAGUUCAAAUAGCUCUUGGUCUGCAUGCUGCUGGCAAGAAGGUAGGUCUCCUUGAUGUUGACCUGUGUGGACCCAGCAUUCCAAAGAUGUUCAACCUGGAAGGGCGUGAUAUUCAUCAGUGUCCAGAAGGAUGGUUACCGGUCUAUGUGGACAAGGAACAGAGAAUUGGUGUCAUGUCUAUUGGCUUCUUGCUGGAGGACUUAAAUGAUGCUGUGGUAUGGAGAGGGCCUAAGAAAAAUGCAAUGAUCAAACAGUUUCUCAGCGAUGUCUACUGGCAGGAUCUGGACUACCUGAUAAUCGACACCCCGCCUGGAACAUCAGAUGAACACAUCACGGUCAUGGAAGCUUUGAGAGCAUACAACCCUGAUGGAGCCAUACUGGUCACAACUCCACAAGCUGUUGCAGUAGGGGAUGUGCGGAGAGAGCUGACCUUUUGUCAUAAAACAGGUAUUCCUGUGGUGGGAAUCGUUGAAAAUAUGAGUGGUUAUGUUUGCCCUCACUGCUCAGAAUGCACCAAUAUCUUCUCUAAAGGUGGGGGUAGGGCAUUGGCUCAGCAGAAUAAUGUUCCAUUUCUUGGAAGUAUCCCUAUUGAUAGACACUUAACCCUCAGCGUGGACACGGGUAAAAAUUUCCUGGAAUCAAACCCAGGUUCACCAGCACUAACAGCCAUCGACCACAUGGUGAAAAAACUCAUGGCCAUUGACAAGGAUCUUCCAUAA